GAAUAAAUUGCAAAAAUUACAUUUCAAAGGGAAUUUUGUAUUUUACACUGUAUUUUUUUUUAUAACGCGGAUCAUCAUCUGUUGUUCAUUCGCUGAAUACUUAAGAAGAAGAAGAAGAUAUUCCAAAAAAUCAAAUCCAUGUCUUUCAAACUUGAACAAUUAAGUAAAGAAAAGCUACUGCAGGCAGUGCGCAUAAAAAAGCAAUGCAAUGCUCGUGCGCAGCUGAUAGUGGAAUCUUUAUUGGAGCGCUACGUAAGCGAAGAUGACUUCCUACGAAAGCUACCGGAGAUUAAUCAAUGCCACUACAAUGAUGUUGUAGAUGAAAGACAUAUUUUGCAUUUAUGCUCAUAUCCUCUGUGUGGCGAAAUUAUAGAAACGGUACCACAACAACAAUAUCAGAUUUCAACGUUGACUAAUAAAGUUUACGACAUAACAGAUCGUAAAAAAUUCUGCAGCCCACAUUGUUUCAAAGCUUCGGAAUACAUAAAAUCACAAAUGCUCACAAGUCCUCUUUGGUUGCGCCAUCAAGAAAUAAUACCAGCUUUUAAAGUGCUUAAGUAGUGAAUGUCUCCAAAUAAAAUUAACUUGUUCUGGCUGGCUGCUUUACUUUCAUUGUAAAUUAAUUUUAUUUAUAAUGAGUUCGUACCAUGUAUAUCUGUUUUAUUUAUGCUGC